UUCACCAUAUGUUUCUCUAUUGGGAUCAGCUGAGUUUGUUUUCUUUUUACAAAAAUAUAUUUGAUUUGGGUUAAUAGUUUUAUAUCGUGUUGCGUUAAGUAAUAACACUAUGGAAUUAUCUCCAGAUACACCAAUCAGAACUGUAGGAGACGGCAUGGAAAGUAAACAAGAAACACCUGACCUAAAAAAAGUGCUCAGUCAAAUAACUACCCCUUCAAUUAGUGUCUUAAACUCUAUGAAGCCAGUGAUACCACAAUCAAAAAUGGUACCAUUAAUACCAAAGUAUGCUCCAAAGGACCGUAAACUAUUGACCUCAGUAGUAACCAAACCUAAAGAAGCAAAGUUUAUCCCUUACGAGCCCUAUAAAGCGGCCGUGGAGCCCAUUAAACCCGUCAAGAUUAAAAAAAAAGUGUCCUUCAACUCCUCAGGAGUUGUAAAUACAAAUUCAAAAAAUAACAUUGAGAUUCAGGAGCUUGUCGACCAGAUGGUGGAAAUGCGCAGUUUUGAAAUGAAUUCGGCAAGACUGGCAGCCCUCACCGACGACCAGAUUAUCCCAAAACGUCAGUGGGAGAAAGAGAAAGAAUCAUAUGAAACAGAUAUCAAAAAUUUGAAAGAGACAAUUUCUCAUUUGGAAAAUCAGCUGAAAUUUCAAGCUCAGGUUAAUAGUGAGCUAAAAACCUUGUUAGUAGCCGCUGUGGGUGAAGAUUUGGAAACUAGGGUCCAGCAUUUAACCGAGGACAAACUCUCGCUUGCCAGGGCCCUGCUUAAUUCUGCCAAUCAUUUGACAACACACCAGGAGCAGACCGAGUGGUUGUCCGGUCAAUGUGAGGUGUGGAGGAGUAAAUUUUUAGCAUCUAGUCUAAUGGUAGAAGAACUUGCCAAGUGGAAAGCGGCUCUCACCAAAAGGACGAACGACUUGCAAAAUGUGAUGAAGAAAAUGUUGAAUGAAAGUUCUAAAAUCCAAAAGAGUAUGUUAAGUACAUUUGCAAACAUGAAUUCGAUCGAAACCAAUCAGGGUCGGAUCUCUUUGAAAUCGGCAGAUGUUGUAGAACUUGCUACCAGAAAUUUAGAACUCUCAGAGAGGUUGAGGGAGUUUUUGAACGCGCCCGGAGGCGAUAUCAAUUCGAAGAAAUAUGAGGGGUUGAAUAUGCAUACCCCACUGGAGCAAGUGGCCCUCAAAAUAAUUAAAAAUCCCGUGUCGAUAUCGAGUCCCCAGGAUUCGUUGUGCAGCGCCCUGCUGGAUGUCGCGAACUCGAUGUCGGGUGAGCAGAAAUACCUGCAGGUUCCUCUAAUGCAUCCUUGUUGCUCGCACUGUAGAGGCGACGUUCAGGACGUAUGACAUUUGGAAUAAAAAUUAGAUUAAGGGCAAUCAAAUUUUUAUACGCAUUUUUUUUUUAAGU